UUUAGGUGGGAACACACACGGCUGUCAAUCUGCAGGGACGAGCCUCAUUCGAAAGCGACUGAAGCAGCAAAGUGGGAGUAUACUUUGCCAAGAAGCGUUUUACUGUUGUUUUCUUUUCCUCUGUUUUGUGGAGAGAUUUCAUGUCUGCUCACGUGCUUUGGUAUGAGGAAGUAGAAGAUGAUUAUGAACGGGAAGAUGUUCAAAAGAAAACAUUCACAAAAUGGAUAAAUGCACAGUUUGCUAAGUGUGGAAGACGUUGCAUUGAAGAUCUUUUUAAUGAUUUUCGAGAUGGACGAAAACUUCUGGAGCUCCUGGAAUGCCUUACAGGCCAAAAAAUUGCAAAAGAAAAGGGCUCCACAAAAGUUCAUGCUCUGAACAAUGUCAACAAAGCACUGCAGAUUUUGCAGAGAAAUAAUGUUGAUUUGGUAAAUAUUGGGAGCUCAGACAUUGUGGAUGGCAAUCAUAAACUGACUCUUGGUUUGAUCUGGAAUAUAAUCCUCCACUGGCAGGUCAAAGAUGUAAUGAAAAACAUCAUGGCUGGACUGCAGCAGACAAACAGUGAAAAGAUUCUGCUGAGCUGGGUCCGUCAAUCAACUCGUAAUUACCCACAGGUCAAUGUUAUCAAUUUCACCAGUAGCUGGUCUGAUGGAUUGGCUUUCAAUGCACUCCUUCACAGUCACAGGCCAGACCUGUUUGAUUGGAAUGCUGUUGCUUCUCAGCAGUCACCUGUGAAACGAUUAGACCAUGCGUUUAACAUAGCCAGGCAACACCUGGGCAUAGAGAAGCUCCUUGAUCCUGAAGACGUUGCAACUGCCUGUCCAGAUAAGAAGUCCAUCUUAAUGUACGUGACUUCCCUCUUCCAAGUUCUGCCACAGCAAGUCACUAUGGAGGCCAUCAGGGAGGUGGAAAUGCUGCCUCGGCACUCAAGGGUCACUAGAGAAGAGCACACACAAGUACAUCAACAGCAUUUUUCACAAGAGUUUUUAGAAACUGUUGAAAAAAGAACAUAUACCACCACAGUGAUGAGGUCCGAAAUGGAUCUUGACAGCUACCAAACUGCUUUAGAAGAAGUACUCACGUGGCUUCUCUCUGCUGAAGAUGCAUUACAAGCACAAGGGGAUAUAUCCAGUGAUGUAGAAGUUGUUAAAGAACAGUUUCAUACCCAUGAGGGUUUCAUGAUGGAAUUAACAGCUCACCAAGGCCGUGUUGGUAACGUUUUGCAAGUUGGAAGUCAACUUUUAACAAUUGGAAGGCUUUCAGAUGAUGAAGAAAACGAAAUUCAAGAACAAAUGAAUCUACUCAAUUCACGAUGGGAAAGUCUCAGGGUUGCAAGUAUGGAAAAACAAAGCAAUUUACAUAAAAUCCUAAUGGAUCUCCAGAAUCAGCAACUAGCCCAGUUAGCUGACUGGCUAACGAAAACAGAGGAAAGGACAAGGAAGAUAGAUUCAGAGCCCUUAGGACCAGAUCUAGAGGACUUAAAGCGUCAAGUAGAAGAACAUAAGGCAUUUCAAGAUGACUUGGAACAGGAGCAAGUGAAGGUGAACUCUCUAACCCAUAUGGUGGUGGUGGUGGAUGAAAACAGUGGAGACAAAGCAACGGCUGCACUGGAAGAGCAGCUUCAGCACUUCGGAAGCCGGUGGGCAGCCAUCUGCAGAUGGACAGAAGAUCGAUGGGUCCUUUUGCAAGAUAUUCUUAGAAAAUGGCAGCACUUUGCAGAAGAGCAGUGCCUUUUUGAUGCGUGGCUUACUGAGAAAGAAGAUGCACUUAGCAAAAUCCAGACAAGCGACUUUAAAGAUGAAAAUGAGAUGCUGACUAGUCUACGCAAAUUAGCUAUCCUAAAAGGAGAUAUAGAAAUGAAAAGACAAAUGAUGAGUAAGCUGAAGUCACUCAGCAAAGACCUCCAUGUAGCUGUGAAAAAUAAAGCAGUCGCUCAGAAGCUGGAAAGCCGACUUGAAAACUUUGCCCAGCGCUGGGAUAGCCUUGUGCAGAAGUUGGAGAGCAAUUCUAAGCAGGUUUCGCAGGCUGUCACUUCCACUCAGACAUCACUAACACAGACUACUGUAAUGGAAACUGUCACUAUGGUGACCACAAGGGAACAAAUCCUGGUUAAGCAUGCUAAAGAGGAGCUCCCACCACCACCUCCUCACAAAAAGAGGCAACUCCUUGUGGAUUCGGAAAUUAGGAAGAGGUUUGACUCGGAUACAACAGAACUCCACAGCUGGAUGACACGCUCAGAAGCAGUACUCCAGAGUCCUGAAUUUGCAAUAUAUCGAAAGGAAGGAAAUCUCUCAGAUCUCAGAGAAAGAGUCAAUGCCAUCCAGCGAGAAAAGCCUGAGAAGUACAGAAAGCUGCAAGAUGCCAGCAGAUCAGCUGAGGCCCUGGUGGAACAGAUGGUGAAUGAGGGUCUGAAUGCUGACAACAUUAGACAAGCCUCAGAGCAGCUGAAGAGUCGCUGGAUUGAGUUCUGUCAGUUGCUGAGUGAAAGACUGGCAUGGUUGGAGUACCAAAAUAGCAUCAUUGACUUCUAUUCCCAGCUGCAGCAACUGGAGCAGACAGCAAUUACAGCAGAAAACUGGCUGAAAGCACAACCCACACCAGCAACAGAUCCUGCUACAGUAAAAAUUCAGUUGGAAAAAUGCAAGGAUGAAAUCAUCCGAAUGUCAACUCUUCAGCCCCAAAUUGAACGGCUAAAGGCUCAAAGUCGAGCUCUGAAAGAGAAAGAAGGCAGCCCAGUGUUUCUGGAUGCUGACCUUGCUGCUUUUACCAGCCACUUCAAACAAAUACUUGCUGACAUGCACACCAGAGAAAAGCAACUACAGACCAUUUUUGACAGUUUGCCUCCUGCACGCUAUAAAGACACAGUGACUACUAUACUUUCAUGGAUCCAGCAGUCAGAAACUAAAGUCUCCAUACCUCCGGUUGCAGUUGCUGAAUAUGAAAUCAUGGAAGAGAGACUUUUGGAGCUCAAGGCUCUACAAAGUUCUCUGCAAGAGCAGCAAAAAGGCCUGAACUAUCUCAACACAACUGUUGAAGAUUUGUCUAGGAAAGCCCCUGCAGAAGUCAGCCAGAAAUACCGAUCGGAGGUUGAGUUGAUUGUUGGCCGCUGGAAAAAGCUGUCAUCGCAGUUGGUGGAACAUUGCCAGAAACUUGAGGAUCUUAUGACUAAACUCCAACGAUUCCAGAAUGACACAAAAACAUUGAAGAAGUGGAUGGCUGAAGUAGAUGUCUUUCUGAAGGAGGAAUGGCCUGCUCUUGGUGAUUCAGAAGCUCUGGAAAAGCAACUAGAACAGUGUACAGCUUUAGUGAAUGAUAUCCAGACAAUCCAGCCAAGUUUGAACAGUGUUAAUGAGAUUGGGAAGAAAAUGAAGAGGGAAGCAGAGCCAGAAUUUGCUUCCAGAGUAGCAAUAGAACUAAAGGAUCUCAAUGCUCAGUGGGAACAUAUUUGCCAACAGGCCCAUGCUAAGAAGGCAGCAUUAAAAGGUGGUUUGGAUAAGACUGUGAGCCUGAGAAAGGAUUUGUCAGAGAUGCAUGAAUGGAUAACACAAGCUGAGGAAGAAUAUCUGGAAAGAGAUUUUGAGUAUAAAACACCCGACGAAUUACAGAAAGCUGUUGAAGAACUGAAGAGAGCAAAGGAAGAGGCCAUGCAGAAAGAAGUGAAAGUGAAGCUUAUUACUGAUUCCGUGAAUAAUUUCAUCGCAAAGGCUCCACCUGCAGCUAACGAGGCUUUGAAAAAGGAGCUUGAUGUUCUAAUUACCAGCUAUCAGAGACUCUGCAGCAGACUGAAUGGAAAGUGCAAAACUUUGGAGGAAGUCUGGGCAUGUUGGCAUGAAUUAUUGUCAUAUUUGGAUGCAGAAAACAAAUGGUUGAAUGAGGUGGAAUUGAAACUCAAGGCAACUGAAAAUAUCCAGGGAGGUGCAGAAGAGAUUUCUGAGUCUUUAGAUUCUUUGGAACGUUUAAUGAGACAUCCAGAAGAUAAUCGCAAUCAGAUUCGGGAAUUAGCUCAGACGUUAACUGAUGGUGGAAUCUUGGAUGAACUGAUCAAUGAGAAACUUGAGAAGUUCAAUACUCGAUGGGAAGAACUGCAGCAGGAGGCUGUGAGAAGGCAAAAGAGUCUUGAACAGAGUAUUCAAUCUGCCCAGGAGACUGACAAAACCCUCCGCUUAAUUCAAGAAUCUCUUGCUGCUAUAGACAAACAGCUGACAGCCUACACUGCAGACAGAGUUGAUGCAGCACAAGUGCCUCAGGAAGCGCAGAAAAUACAAUCUGAAUUAACAAGUCAUGAGGUUAGUUUGGAAGAAAUGAAGAAACGAAACCGAGGCAAAGAAUCUGCAAAAAGAGUCCUUUCCCAAAUUGAUGUGGCACAGAAAAAGCUUCAGGAUGUCUCCGUGAAGUUCCGCUUGUUUCAGAAACCAGCUAAUUUUGAACAGCGUCUACAAGAAUGCAAAAGAAUUUUAGAUGAAGUGAAGUUGCAAGUGCCCAAAUUGGAGACGAAGAGUGUUGAGCAGGAAGUAGUACAGUCACAUUUGGACCACUGCAUGAAAUUAUAUAAAAGCCUGAGUGAGGUGAAGUCCGAAGUGGAAACAGUGAUAAAAACUGGGAGGCAGAUUGUUCAAAAGCAGCAGACAGAGAACCCAAAGGAACUGGAUGAAAGGCUUACAGCUUUGAAGUUGCAAUAUAAUGAAUUGGGUGCAAAGGUGACAGAAAAAAAGCAAGAGUUAGAGAAAUGCUUGAAGUUGUCCCGGAAGCUACGAAAAGAAAUUAAUUCUCUGACAGAAUGGCUUGCAGCAACAGAUGUGGAAUUGACAAAGAGGUCAGCUGUGCAAGGAAUGCCUAGCAAUUUGGAUGCUGAAAUUGCCUGGGGCAAGGCAACACGGAAAGAGAUUGAGAAACGCCAAGUCCAGCUUAAGAAUGUCAGUGAUUUAGGAGAGAAUUUGAAGACAGUACUGAAGGGAAAGGAAACUCUAGUGGAAGACAAACUCAGCCUCCUGAACAGUAAUUGGAUAGCAGUAACUUCACGUGCUGAGGAAUGGUUAAAUCUGUUAAUGGAAUAUCAAAAGCACAUGGAGGCUUUUGAUCAGAAAGUAGCUAAUGUCACAACUUGGAUAUAUCGUGCUGAAAUACUGUUGGAUGAAUCUGAUAAGCAAAAGCCCCAGCAAAAAGAGGAAACUCUUAAGCCCUUCAUUCCUUUGAAGGAAUUGGAGCAAUUUGACUUCGAUAUACAAAAAUUGCUUGAACCACUGGAGGUUGAAAUUCAGCAGGGGGUGAAUCUGAAAGAGGAGGACUUCAAUAAAGAUAUGAGUGAAGAUGAUGAGAGCACAGUGAAAGAAUUGCUGCAAAGGGGUGACACGCUUCGGAAAAGAAUCACAGAUGAGAGACAACGGGAGGAAAUAAAGAUAAAACAGCAGCUGUUGCAGACUAAACAUAAUGCUCUCAAGGACUUGAGGUCUCAAAGAAGAAAAAAGGCUUUAGAGAUUUCUCAUCAAUGGUAUCAGUACAAGAGACAGGCUGAUGACCUAAUGACAUGGCUGGAUGACAUUGAGAAAAAGUUAGCCAGUCUACCAGACCACAAAGAUGAACAGAAGCUAAAGGAGAUUGGUGGAGAGUUGGAGAAGAAGAAGGAAGAUCUGAAUGCGGUGAACAGGCAGGCUGAACGCCUGUCUAAGGAUGGGGCUGCAAAAGCAGUGGAGCCAACCCUGGUACAGCUCAGCAAGCGCUGGCGAGAUUUUGAGAGCAAAUUUGCUCAGUUUCGAAGACUCAACUAUGCACAAAUUCAAACAGUUUACGAAGAUACGACUUUUGUGAUGACUGAAAGUAUGACUGUGGAAACCGCUUACGUGCCUUCUACAUACCUGGCAGAGAUCCUUCAGCUUCUGCAAGCGCUGUCUGAAGUAGAAGAACGCCUUAAUUCUCCUGUUCUGCAGGCUAAGGACUGUGAGGACCUCUUGAAACAAGAAGAAUGUCUCAAGAACAUUAAAGAUCGCCUGGGGAGACUCCAGGGUCAUAUAGACAUUAUUCACAGCAAGAAGACACCGGCUUUGCAGAGUGCUACGCCAAGGGAAACAGCAAAUAUACAGGAAAAGCUGACUCAGCUUAAUUCCCAGUGGGAGAAAGUUAACAAGAUGUACCGGGACCGACAGGCACGCUUUGACAAAUCCAUGGAAAAGUGGCGGCUUUUUCACUGUGAAAUGAAAAGUUUUAGUGAGUGGCUAACUGAAACUGAAGAGAAACUGUCAAGAGCACAGGUAGAGGCUGGAGAUGUGGGUCACGUGAAAACCAAGCAAUUUCUCCAGGAGCUGCAGGAUGGCAUUGGGCGACAGCAAACUGUUGUCAGAACACUGAAUGUAACUGGUGAAGAAAUUAUUGAGCAGUCAUCAGCAGCAGAUGCUAACGUGCUGAAGGAGCAACUGGCAAAUCUGAAUACCCGGUGGCAUGAGAUCUGCAGACAGCUGGUAGAGAAGAAAAAGAGGAUAGAGGAAGAAAAGAAUAUUUUAUCAGAAUUUCAAGAAGACUUGAACAAGCUGAUUUUAUGGUUAGAGGAAACAGAAAGCGUCAUUGCUAUUCCCCUUGAACCAGGGAAUGAAGAUCAGCUAAGAGACUGCCUCGGCAAAGUAAAGUUAAGAGUUGAAGAGCUGCUGCCACACAAGGGAAUACUGAAACGAUUAAAUGAAACUGGAGGAACAGCACUUGGAAGUGCAUCACUGAACCCAGAAAGAAAACAUAAGCUCGAGAGCACACUGAAGGAGGCUAGCCGUCGCUUGUUAAAGGUGUCCAGAGAUCUCCCAGAGAAGCAAAAAGAAAUAGAAAUUCUGCUGAAGGAUUUCAUCGACCUUGAUCAGCAAAUAAAUCAACUGACAUUGUGGAUAACACCUGUCAAAAAUCAGCUAGAGCUUUAUAACCAAGUGGGUCAGCCAGGAGCUUUUGAUAUUAAGGAAACCGAAGCAGCAGUGCAGGCUAAACAGCCGAAUGUGGAAGAGGUUUUGUCUAAAGGGUGUCAUUUGUAUAAGGAAAAACCAGCCACUCAUCCAGUAAAGAAAAAAUUAGAAGACUUGAACACGGACUGGAAGGCAAUAAAUCACUUAAUUCUACAACUGAAGGAAAAGCCAACAUUCGGAGAGCCUGUCCUUUCCUCUCCAGGUGUCUUAACUUCUGGUCAAACUGUUGCUGUGGAUACACAAACCGGGGUAACCAAGGAAACCACCAGCUUCACACCAGAAAUGCCAUCUUCUGUGCUUUUGGAGGUUCCAGCCUUAGCUGACUUCAAUAAGGCAUGGGCAGAACUCACUGACUGGCUUUCUCAACUGGAUCGAGAGAUUAAAGCUCAGAGAGUGACAGUAGGAGAUCUUGAUGAUAUCAACGACAUGAUCAUCAAACAAAAGGCAAUACUACAAGAUCUGGAGCAAAGACAUCCCCAGCUGGAUGAACUAAUAACUGCAGCACAAAAUCUAAAAAACAAGACGGGCAAUCAAGAAGCCAGAACAAUAAUUACUGACCGCAUUGAGAAAAUACAGAGCCAGUGGGAUGAUGUGCACGGAUACCUCCAAAGCCGAAUACAACAGCUUCAUGAGAUGCUAAAGGAUUCAACACAGUGGCUGGAAGCUAAACAAGAAGCUGAACAGGUUCUUGAACAAGCAAAAGCAAAGCUUGAGUCGUGGAAAGAAAUUUCCUAUACUGUGGAAGCUCUGAAAAAGCAGAACACUGAGCUUAAGCAAUUUUCAAAAGAAAUCCGACAGUGGCAAAUGAAUAUAGAAGUGGUGAACGACGUGGCACUUAAACUGCUCCGCGAUUAUUCAGCAGAUGACACCAGAAAAGUAGAACUGAUGACAGAUAACAUUAAUGCAACAUGGGCUACAAUCUGUAAGAGGGUUAGUGAACGUGAAGCUGCACUGGAAUCAGCCCUACUGAUGUUGCAGGAAUUCUACCUGGAUCUUGAAAAGUUCCUCGCAUGGCUUACAGAAGCUGAAACAACUGCUAAUGUCCUGCAGGAUGCUACACGCAAAGAAAAGACACUAGAAGAUCCCCAGAUGGUUCGGGAGCUCAUGAAACAGUGGCAGGAUCUACAGGCAGAAAUUGAUGCACAUACUGACAUCUUCCACAACCUGGAUGAAAACGGGCAGAAAAUCCUGAGAUCCCUGGAAGGCUCAGAGGAUGCUGUCCUGUUGCAGAGACGUCUGGAUAACAUGAACUUCAGAUGGAGUGAGCUUAGGAAGAAAUCGCUAAACAUUAGAUCUCAUUUGGAAGCCAGUACAGACCAGUGGAAGCGUUUACAUCUCUCUCUUCAGGAACUUUUGGCAUGGCUGCAAUUGAAGGAGGAUGAAUUAAAACAGCAAGCACCCAUUGGUGGAGAUCUUCCCACUGUGCAGAAGCAGAAUGAUGUUCAUAGGACUUUCAAGAGGGAGCUGAAAACAAAAGAACCUGUCAUCAUGAGUGCACUUGAGACUGUGAGACUCUUCCUGGCAGAACAGCCGGCAGAGGGACUGGAGAAGGUCUAUCCAGAACCAAGAGAGCUAUCACCUGAGGAGAGGGCUCAGAAUGUUACUAAAGUUCUCCGAAGGCAAGCAGAUGAUGUCAGAACUGAGUGGGAUAAGCUAAAUCUACGUUCUGCUGAUUGGCAAAAGAAGAUAGAUGAUGCUCUUGAAAGGCUGCAGGGCCUUCAGGAAGCGAUGGAUGAACUGGACCUGAAACUGCGCCAGGCUGAAGCUUUCAAGGGAUCCUGGCAGCCAGUGGGGGAUCUGCUGAUUGACUCUCUGCAGGAUCACUUAGAAAAAGUCAAGGUUUAUCGAGCAGAAAUGGUGCCCCUUAAAGAGAAAGUGCAUCAAGUCAAUGAGCUGGCUCACCGGUUCGCUCCCCCUGAUAUUCAGCUCUCCCCAUACACUCUCAGCUGUCUGGAGGACCUGAACACAAGGUGGAAAGUGCUACAGGUGGCCAUUGAUGAGCGCAUCAGGCAACUGCAUGAAGCUCACAGGGAUUUUGGCCCUACUUCCCAGCAUUUUCUUACCACUUCUGUCCAAGGCCCCUGGGAGAGGGCAAUCUCGCCAAACAAAGUGCCCUAUUACAUCAACCAUGAGACGCAGACAACCUGCUGGGAUCAUCCUAAGAUGACUGAGCUCUACCAGUCUUUAGCGGACCUGAACAAUGUCAGGUUCUCAGCAUACAGAACUGCCAUGAAGCUCCGCAGGCUGCAGAAAGCUCUCUGCUUGGAUCUCCUGAAUCUGUCUGCUGCAUGUGAUGCCUUGGACCAGCACAACCUCAAGCAAAAUGACCAGCCGAUGGAUAUUCUGCAGAUCAUUAACUGCUUGACCACUAUUUAUGAUCGACUGGAACAGGAGCACAAUAAUCUGGUCAAUGUUCCUCUCUGCGUGGACAUGUGCCUCAACUGGCUGCUGAAUGUCUAUGACACGGGUCGAACAGGAAGGAUCCGUGUCUUAUCUUUCAAAACUGGUGUUGUAUCUCUUUGUAAAGCACACCUGGAAGAUAAGUAUAGAUACCUGUUCAAGCAGGUGGCGAGCUCCACUGGCUUCUGUGACCAGCGCCGGCUGGGACUACUGCUACACGACUCCAUCCAGAUCCCUCGACAGCUGGGGGAGGUCGCUUCGUUUGGGGGCAGCAACAUCGAGCCAAGUGUCAGAAGCUGCUUCCAGUUUGCUAAUAACAAGCCCGAGAUCGAAGCAGCCUUGUUCCUGGACUGGAUGAGACUGGAACCACAAUCCAUGGUGUGGCUGCCCGUGCUGCAUAGGGUGGCUGCUGCAGAAACUGCGAAACACCAAGCGAAGUGUAACAUCUGCAAGGAGUGCCCCAUUAUUGGGUUCAGGUACAGAAGCUUAAAGCACUUUAACUAUGACAUCUGCCAAAGUUGCUUCUUCUCUGGCCGUGUUGCAAAAGGUCACAAAAUGCACUAUCCCAUGGUGGAAUACUGCACACCAACAACUUCUGGAGAAGAUGUCCGUGACUUUGCCAAGGUACUAAAAAACAAAUUUCGAACAAAAAGAUAUUUUGCAAAGCACCCACGAAUGGGCUACCUGCCUGUGCAAACUGUCUUGGAGGGAGACAACAUGGAAACUCCUGUUACUCUGAUCAACUUCUGGCCAGUAGAUUCUGCGCCUGCCUCGUCCCCUCAGCUUUCACACGAUGAUACUCAUUCACGCAUUGAACAUUAUGCUAGCAGGCUAGCAGAAAUGGAGAACACCAAUGGUUCUUACCUAAAUGACAGUAUUUCACCUAAUGAGAGCAUCGAUGAUGAACACUUGUUAAUCCAGCACUACUGCCAAAGUCUGAACCAGGAAUCCCCCCUGAGCCAGCCCCGAAGCCCUGCCCAGAUCUUGAUUUCUCUGGAGAGUGAAGAAAGAGGUGAACUGGAGAGAAUUCUUGCAGAUCUGGAAGAAGAAAAUCGAAACUUGCAAGCGGAGUAUGACCGUUUGAAGCAACAGCAUGAUCACAAAGGAUUGUCUCCACUGCCAUCCCCACCAGAGAUGAUGCCGGUUUCUCCACAGAGUCCCCGCGAUGCUGAACUUAUUGCAGAAGCCAAACUGCUUCGCCAGCACAAGGGCCGCCUGGAGGCUAGGAUGCAGAUUCUGGAGGAUCACAACAAACAGCUGGAGUCACAGCUGCACAGGCUGAGGCAGCUGCUGGAGCAGCCACAGGCAGAUGCCAAGGUGAAUGGUACAACACUAUCAUCUCCUUCUACCUCUUUGCAGAGGUCAGACAGCAGUCAGCCAAUGCUUCUUCGUGUAGUUGGCAGCCAGACUUCAGAAACCAUGGGCGAGGACGACCUGCUCAGCCCUCCCCAAGACACAAGCACAGGUUUGGAGGAAGUGAUGGAGCAGCUUAACAACUCCUUCCCCAGUUCCAGAGGCCACAAUGUAGGGAGCCUGUUCCACAUGGCAGAUGACUUGGGAAGAGCGAUGGAAACCUUAGUGACGGUGAUGACUGACGACAAGGUGUUAGAAUAGCAAGAUGUGUUUUACAACUUCAGGCGUCCCGCAUGGUUUUUAUAAUAUUCAUACUACAAAGAGGAUUAGACUGUAAGAGUUUACAAGAAAACAAAUCUAUAUUUUUGUGAAGGGUAGUGGUACUAUACUGUAGAUUUCAGUAGUUUCCUAAGUCUGUUUCUGUUUUGUUAACAAUGGCAGGUUUUACACGUCUAUGCAAUUGUACAAAAAUUAUAAGAAAACUACAUGUAAAAUCUUGAUAGCUGAAUAACUUGCCAUUUCUUUAUAUGGAACGCAUUUCGGGUUGUUUAAAAAAAAAAAAAUUUAUAACAGUUAUAAAGAAAGAUUGUAAACUAAAGUGUGCUUUAUAAAAAUAAUUGUUUAUAGAAACCCCCUUUAAAAAAAAUACAAAAAAAAAAACCUGAGGCAGUGCAUUUGUUCAGUAUCAUUUCAGCUCUGCAGCUGCAUCAGAGAGAGAUUCAUGUUCUGUGUUCUUUUCCUGGCCUGUCAAAGAGGAGAGAAAGAAAAAAGCAUUUCCUGCAGCGACACCAAAACGGCCAACUUAACAUUUCUCAUUGGUUUUGUCUGAGUAGGGCUGGCUUUAAAAAAAAACUCCUGGACUUCCAGUGAAGAUAGAUAGUUAUUUCACUUCUUUCCAAUAAAAUUAAUAACUUCAUGAAUCACACUAGUUGGCAAUAAUUAAAUGAAAGAGCACAUGACAUGACAGAGCCUGCAAAAAAUUAAUGAGAAGAAAAAAAAGAAGAAAGAAGGAAAGAGUUUAAUGAUGUCCAAUACGCCAGCAUUUCCUCUGCUGACUAAAUCCCUGAAUGUCCUUAGUGAAGGAACGUAGAAUUGCCUUACCGGAUGAAACCUUUGGACCUUACUGUCCGGUACUCUGCUGGCUGCAGCCAGCGCCCAGAGCUUUGGCAGGAGCUGCGUGUGGCUUUCCCUGCCCGCUGCCACUGUUAGCAUCACCUCGCUGCACACGAGAGAAGAAAGGGAGAAGUUCCCUCCUGACCCCACGUGGGAUCAGCUUCUGACAUGAAGCACAAGUGGGUUACUCACAGAGCACCUUUGCUUGUAUGGCUUCCAACACUGUUAACGAACGUAGAGCUACUUGAUCCUCUGGAAAAUAAAACCAGACCUUUCCACAAUGUCUGUCUCAGCCUGCUAGAGCAGCUGGUCCCAAGGAGCUGUAAUGCAGCAAGCAACCUUUGAGGAAGGCUGUAGAAUUACUGCUGUUCUUGUAUGUGUAUGGUGAUCAGGUGAAGGUAGCCACACUGCUCCCCGAGAUAUUUAUCUUCAAAACAAAGGCCCUGAUGCUUUCUCCUUCCCCAUUUCUCUCUACAAGUAACACCGCACAAUUAACAAUAAAGUGAGAAAGAGAGGAACUGAUAGAAAAACAGAUUAGCCAACGUAACUGCAGCUCUUGAGAGGUAGGUUUGGGUAUGAGGUGCUGUCAGCAAAAGCUUUACCACUUCAUUAUCUUAACCAGCUUUUAAUUUUCUCUUAGAUACAUAGAAACACACCGUCUGACUUUAUAUUGCAAAGUACAAAUCUGUUACCUCUUGUAUGAAGUGUAAUUGAAUUUGGGAAAGAUUUUAUUUUGAAUGCUAGUUAACAUUGAACAUGGCUAGUCAUGCUAUUUCUACCUCACUUUGGUUUUGUGGUGUUCCUGACAAUUACGUACAGAUAUGUUACAUCAUCACCACUCGUCCAUUGUGUGAACGGGUCUCAUCAUUUAAGUAAGAAUGCCAAUAAUUCACAAAGAAUUAAGUACAAUCCCCCCAAACCUCUGCUUUCAUAAUAAAGAGCUUUAUUUAACACUUUACUGCGGUUGGAACCCCAUGUAAUUCUCGUCGUCUUCUUUACCAGAAGGUUUGGUCUGAGAUCUGGGAAAGAGAUGGGUUUCUUCUCGUUUUUUUCCCCCUUAUGCCCACCCUUAAACCUUCUCUUCAGAAAACAAAAGGAGGAAAAUGGAUUGCACGGUUGUUUUCAUCAGGGUUUUGUUUUGUUUGUUUUACUUUCUAGGUCUUAGUUUUGGAGUGAGUCUGUCAAAAAUAUUUAAAAAGUUGAAAGCUUUAUCACUGCUUUUUGAAGCAUAAUUUGGGAAUUGUUUCAUAUUCCUUAUAACGACAAAGUAUUAAACUGUAAAACAUAAUCAGUGUAAUUGAAUACAUAAAUACCAUAUGGCAUGUUAUUUCAUUGUUACUCAGUACUGGUUUAUUACUUGGAUAUCAUAAUAUAUUGUGUUCUAACACCAACACUGUAACAUUUACUAAUUAUUUUUAUAAACUUCUGUUUUACUGCAUUUUUCACAACAUAUCAGAUUUCACCAAAUAUAUGCCUUACUAUUGUACUAUAUACUGCUUUACUGUGUAUAUCAAUAAAGCACGCAAUUAUGUUAUAAAA